CCACAGUAAUCAAUAAUGGCGGAGCUCUCCGCAAGUGGAUCAAAUACACAAGACAGGGAUUUCGAGCCCACUGCAGACAUGCUGGUCCAUGACUUUGACGAUGAGCAGACACUGGAGGAGGAGGAGAAGUUGCAGGGAGAGACCAACUUCAACAAUGAAAUCGACGACCUGACUCGUGAAGGAGAGAUGCCUCUUCAUGAGCUCCUCAAAAUGUACGGUUAUGGUGCAGUAGAUUCGGCUGAAGAUGAGGAAGAAGGAACUGAAGAGCCUGAAGGUUCAGAGGACGACCAGAGCAGCAGCGCACCAGGAAAAGCUCUUUCAAAGAAGGAGGAUGGAGUAAAGGAGUCAUGUGAGCGAGAGGAGGACCGCAGUUCUUCCAGUCAGGAGUCUGCUUACUGUAGCCGAACACACAGCACUGCUCAGCUUCUCUCUGAACCAUGCAUUUACCUUGAUGGUGAUGCUGAGGAGUCCGAUGACGACGAUUAUGUUCCAUCUUUUGACUGGAAGAAGGAAGUCAAAGUUGGGCCGAUGUACCAGGCUGAGACACCUGCAGAGCUGUGCGAAUAUAACAACAAUGAAAAAGUGUAUGAAAAUGAGGAUCAGCUUCUGUGGAAUCCCGAGUUGCUGCCGGAAAACGAAGUGGAGGAAUAUUUGGCUGAAGCUACCAAGCGCAUCACAGAGGAGACUGAAGCGGAGACCAAAGCUGAGACCGGAUCGGAGACGGACCCAAAAAGGCUGUUAGUCAAAGACAAUGAAGAGGCUCUGUAUGAAUUAGUGAAAUGCAAUUUUAACAAAGAAGAAGCUUUAAAAAGAUUGAAGUUCAUCACGAAGCCUGCUAAAGAGGAGCUGUCAGCUUGGGCUAAAGAGGAACAGCAGGAUUUUUACCUAAGAGAUGAAGCUUAUGGAAAUGAGUCAAACCCAGUACAAAAUGACAAGCAGUUCACCCUGUGGAGACGAAAACCCAGCCUUCAUCAUGAUAUCACAGACUCCACCGAGCAGCUGUUGGGUGAGACAGAGAGGACAGAGGUUAGCCAAGCCACUGCUUCUGCUGGAACCAACAGCUGGAUUAACAGUGCUGAUUCCCAGCCUUCUGAUCCUGCCUGCACACCGCGUUCGUUCAAUUUUUGCUCUGAUCCUAACACCAGCAGCUCAAGCACUGAUGCUGUUGCACGAUUGGCCAGCCAGAGAGACGAUGAAGAGAGCCCCGAAAGGCCUCUGAAAAAGCAGAAGACUGGGGUGGAUUUCCGUACAGCAGCAGUAGUCUGAACCACCAGUAGCAGAGUUUAGAGAAGAUGGAGGUUUAGAUGCAUUUCAGGGAUUUACAGAUACAAAUGCUACUGUCUGUGUAGCCAUCUUGACAUGCUUCAUACCCCAAAACAUGUUAUUUAAUCCACCCAAAGAUUUAAAUAAGCUAUUUGUUGCUCUACUGAUCACACUGUUCACCGAGCACUACACAAAGACCAGCUGGAAAUCACAAAGUCACAUCUAGGUAAAUAAAUUAAGAAAUAGCAUCUCAAUCAGCUUCAGAAAAUGUUCAACUUAUUGCCAAACGAGCGGUAUUGGUAAAUCAGGACAGAAGGACAUGCAAUGUAACUCAUGCAAAGCACCGGUGUCACAGAUCCAAGCACAAAAAUUACUACAGUGCCAAUAGGCCCCCCUUGUGGAAGAGGUUCCGCUUGCAAAGCAUGCGCUUUCAGCAGUCACAACUAGAUCUGUGAGGCAUUUUGUCAGAUGUGUCAGAAUUUGCCUCUCAUUAGGGAUUAAUGCUACGUUAAUUUCAAUCACUGAAUCACUACUCAUAGAUCUGUGAAUGAAUUAAGACAAAAUAUUCAUUUGUGAGUUUUUUGCACUAGUGGUUUUCUAAAAGAGAUAGCAAACAUCUAACAGCAUACUCUAAACAGUGAUUCAGUGCAUCGUGCUACAUGCCUUAAAUAGAACGCCUUUAUUUGUCAUUUAUUCAUAUACAGAUGUACAGUACAACGACAUUUUUUCUUCGCAUAUCUCAGAAGCUGGGGUCAGAGCGCAGGGUCAGCUAUUGUACGGCGCCCCUGAAGCAGAGAGGGUUAAGGACUUUGCUCAAGGGUCCAACAGUGGCUGCAUGGCAGAGCUGGGAUUCGAACUCUCAAUCUCUCAGUUGAUAACCCAAAGCUCUACCCACUAGGCUACCACUGUCCUAAAGCGGUGUUGCAGAUAUGUAAAAUAAUUUAGUAAAUGCAGCAUCAUUACUGAUUGUUCCAAAGGUUUGUUGCUAGGUUUGCCGACACCAGCGUUCCACAAAGUGAACCUUAGUUAAAUGAGAUUGUCUGAUUGACCCCUUAUAUAAGUGAAAUGCAGAAAACUGUUAAACAAAUUGAUGGAAAUGGAAACAAAUGCCUAGGCGCAUGGUUGGCACAAUCUAUUAUGCUAACCCACUACUUCUGACAUCUGGGUUUGAAUCUCGGCAGUACUGUCAGUUGGCCAAGCGUCUGCGCAGGCAUACUUGGCUAUCUCUGAGAUUGAGCUCGGUGGGUAGCACUGUCGCCUCACAGCAAGAAGGUCCUGGGUUCGAUCCCCAGGUGGGGCGGUCCGGGUCCUUUCUGUGUGGAGUUUGCAUGUUCUCCCCGUGUCUGUGUGGGUUUCCUCCCACAGUCCAAAGACGUGCAAGUGAGGUGAAUUGGAGAUACAAAAUUGUCCAUGACUGUGUUUCACAUUAAACUUGUGCACUGAUUAAUCUUGUGUAAUGAAUAACUACAGUUUCUGUCAUGAAUGUAACCAAAAGAGUGUAAAACAUGACAUUAAAAUCCUAAUAAAUAAAUAAAUAAAUCUCUGAGAAGGAAGGUGGGGUGUUUAGAUUGGGUAGAACCCUGGGAUGGAUUGGCUUCCUGUCCAGGGUAUUCCUGCCUAGCAGUAGUGUUUCCAGGUGAUACCAGACCCACAGUGACCCUGACCAGUACAAAGUGGUUGAUAAAUGAAAUUAAUAUGACUCCUAAAUACUCAAUUUACACAGGCAACCUUCUGCAACUUUAAAGCUGCAGUAUGCAUAUGUUUAAAAUGUAGAAAAGGAACAUUGCACAUCGACUAACGUUUAGUGCCGGUUAAUAUAAAGCUUUUAUUAAUAUGUGCAGAACAGACACUCAAAAGUUUGUGAUGUCAAAUUCACCAGCAUUUAACCAAAUCUAAACUAAUAGCACAUAAUUCUGGCUCAGAACACACAUCUGGUAGAUGGCUUCUGAGGGGGCACUAUUGUAAUUGUAGCAUUUUUUUGUUUGUUCCAAUCAUACUGAUUGUUUGCAUCAAUGACACUGUGCAUCCUUGUUUUAAAAAAUUGACAAAUGUUACAUGCUACAGCUUUAAUAAUUGUUUAAAAUGUCAUUACACGAUUCAUGACCACAAGAUGUGUUUAAACAAAAAAAACGGACACAUUUACAUUUAUUACGGUUCGUAUCUGACCAUGUGAGCGGUUAGCCGAGAACCCUGCUCUUUAAGAUUGCUCCCAAAAAGUUCUCCGUAAGGAAAUUUGUACCUAUUUUUGUAUUUGAUAGUUAUUUAUAUUUUGUAUACGAUAGCGGUUGAUCUGAGCUUUGUAAUGAAAAUGUAGGACUGAAUAUUUCGUAUGUACUGUGUAGCUGUGUUGAUACUAUUGUUUCUGUUUCAUUCUGUCUUGUCUGUAGUUAAUAGACAGAACUGCCACAGUAAUGCUCUCAGUUGUAAAUAUAUUCAGAAUCUUUAGUGUAACUAUCAGUUGAUUUGACCAGCUGCAAUUGUGCCACAUUAUUAUUAAGCAUGUUAGCCCUGUGAGGCUACGUUCAUACAUGCUCAUGUGCACUCACAUGGCAGGACCAAAAUAAUGCAGAAUUCUACAGCGGGUAAAGUAAAAACUAGGGGUGUUUCGAGUUCAAAUCUUAAAGGUGCUUUUGCCUGGCUGUGUAUCCAAUGGGCACAACGGGCCAUGCCGGAGAGGGGAAAGUUAAGAGGGUUUCUUGUUGUGACCUCUGCAGGCUGUUCCUGGAACUUGUACAAGUGGAGGAAGAGUCAUUGAGGGCAUAGUGUGACCGUACCCGGUACGGUUCUCUGUGGGACUCCACCUCUGGCAGGUCAAAAAUCCCAAACAUUGUAUUUAUCCAGUAACUGUAAUAAUGUUAAUCUUAAUCAUUGUUACAAACAUUAUUUUGUACCACAAGGAACAUAUUGAUCAGCACAUAACUACAUGUAAGAGCUAAGAAAACAUAUUCUGUGAUCUCUAGAUAACGAUACGUCUCGUUACCUAACUGGACGUAAUGACGAAAGUGAAAUCAUGACACGGCAAACAAUAUGUGAAUUUAUAGUCGUUCAGGGCUUCUGAAGCAUUUUAUGCUGUUGUAAUGCUUACAGUAAAAUGUAAAUCAUGCCAGCCCAUUUAUACAUAAAUUCCCUGUUGUUACACAGACUAUUAAUAGAGUUUUUUUGUUUGUUUUGAGGGAUGUUUUACCAUAAUUUUGGUGCGUUCUCCUAGAGAGAUUUUGUAAAUUCUUUUAGUUUUAAAUGUGUGCACUAAAUGGUUUUCUAUUUUUCUACUAUCACCUGUCUCAUUUUGUGUGAAUAUUUUUAGGUAAAUAAAGUUGUUUAUUAAUUCUGUA